UUUGGGGGGAUUUGUGGCCGUGCCAUCCAUUGAGCAUUGCCGGGAGCAGGCUCUCGCAUCACGUGCCUUUGCCUGAGGCUGAGGGAGGGCGCUCAUUACUUCUUCCACCGCCAUAUUACAAACUUCGCUAUUUUUCUCUCUUGAAUUUUUCGCGCUCGGUGCCUGACUAACCCCAUGGUGAAGAUAUAUGGAUUAGGAGUGAGGAGAACUUUAGAAACGAUCUCUGGGCGAAGAUAAUCUACCAUGACUGGCAAAUCACAGACCAGCAAUGUUACCAAUAAGAAUGAUCCCAGGUCCAUCAAUUCCAGAGUCUUCAUUGGCAACCUCAACACAGCCAUUGUGAAAAAAGCUGAUAUAGAAGCUAUUUUUGCAAAAUACGGAAAAAUAGUUGGCUGCUCUGUGCACAAAGGAUAUGCGUUUGUACAGUACCUGAGUGAGAGAAACGCACGUGCUGCAGUGGCGGGGGAAAAUUCCAGAAUAGUUGCAGGACAACCCCUUGAUAUCAAUAUGGCAGGUGAACCCAAGCCUUAUAGACCCAAAUCUGGUACCAAGAGGCCUCUGUGUGCCCUGUACGGCAGUGGUUAUGACUUUGACUACGAUUAUUACAGAGAUGAUUUCUACAGUAGGAUGUUUGAUUACCAUGGCCGUGUUCCUCCACCUCCUCGUGCUGUCAUACCAAUAAAACGUCCACGUAUCACGAUACCCGUCACACGCAGAGGCAAGGGUGGUUUCCCCAUGAAAGGAGGUCCACGAUCUACAAUCACAGGGACAGCUUCUGCAGGACCAAAAUUGAAAUCAGAUGAGCUGCAGACAAUCAAGAAGGAACUGACCCAAAUCAAAAACAAAAUUGACUUCUUACUGGGAAGACUGGAGAAGAUUGAGAAACAACAAAAGGCAGAUGCCGAGUCACAGAAGAAGCAGCUUGAAGAAAAUUCAGAGUCUGCACAUGAAGAAUCCAUAUCAGAGAAUGCAGAAACCUCCACAGAGGAACAAGUGGAAGGGGGCCCUGACAUUGAUGCAGAUGGGGAAGAGAUGACUGAUGGAAUUGAAGAAGAUUAUGACGAGGUUGGCAGCAAUGAAAUGGUAUGAUCUGAAUGAGCUGACACGUAGUAUGACGUGAUUCUUCUUGCAAGACUGCAUAAUUAGUUCCAAAAAUAGUCAACUUAAAAUGCCAUUGUCAAGAGCCAUGCAAGAAUAUUUUGAAGCAGAAGGCACACGUGAUUGUCAUUGUGUGAGUGCAGCAUUUGCAUUAUGAUACGUGUAUUGAAUAAUAUUUUUGAUGUGGUCAGAUUGUUACUAUCUUAUUAGCUUUUUUUUAAUGAGGUGUUGCCAUUAUUUGGAAAGUUUUCAAAUGGAUUACAUUGCUGGCAUCAUCAGCAAUUUGGUCCUUUGAAAGAUGCACUGAAAUUGCAGUAUUUUCAACCAGGGUAAGUUAACACAUUGUAUUCCACACUGUGACAAGAUUAGUUUUCAGGUGGCUUUACAAUAGUUAAAAAAUAUAUUCUUUGACAUUGAUUUGGAAUGGCAAGCUGUAUUUCCAGUAAAACCAAACCAUUAGUUCAAGGAGCUUAGACCGAUUGAAGACUGCGGACUGCAAUAUAAAGAGAACUGAAAAGAAAAAUGAAUACCAAACGUCUGAUACAGUCUACUUUCCCUAUACUUUCAGGGAAAAUAUGAGUUUGUAUCAGAUAUGACCAGUCUAGAAAGGUACAAAAGAGACUGCAUUAAACCAGCUUUUUAAACUUAACAAUUAAAGUUUAAAAAGAAUGCAGAUCUAUUGCAAUGCCUUUCAAUUCCCAUUAUCCCCUUUCUUAAAUAGACAUUGGGCAUGCCACCAGCAUCCAUAGAUCAAUAAUUGGAGCUCUACAAAUGUAAGGCUUCAUGCACCAAGCUCCACUUUCCCACUUUCUCCAAUUUGCAACAUCUUUGCACGCCACUCUUCAGGCAGUGUUGGUACAAGAUAAAUAGUUGCAGUAUCGCUAUACAAUAUGUUAAAUCAAUUAUCCGGGUUUACACGGAACACUGCAUACAUGUGCAGGAUUUUUAAUGUUAUUUAAUAUUCUACAUCAUUCAUAAUUUUGAAAAUUGUAUAUAUUUAAGGGUGAUCAAUGUAUUUCUAAAGAUUAAUUAAAAAUAAUGGCUACUUAAUGACAUUAUAGUGAAUGAAAAUGGAACUUUUAUUUACAUAUGUCACCUUGCAAAUCCAGAGUUAAGAUGAACAUUUGUGCUAUAGAAUUUCUGCAGGUAGCAUUUGUCAGUACACUGAAGGAUGAGAGAUGAAUAAACAUCUGCAGAGAUGCAGUCAUAAUGCAGCAAAUUGUCAAGAAAUGAUUCUCGCUGUUUAUAAGCACAUACUGUGAUAAUGUUGGUUGUGUUCUUGGCAUUUUGAAAAUGUCAUUGUGUCACUUGUGCAUAACAUUAACACAAGAAAAAUCUUGGACUCUUUCACUAUCAAUCAAUUGAAAUUCCAUCCUCAAAGCUACAACAACCCUCUUUUAUUCAAAAUCUUGUCAUUUCACCUGCGCAUGUUAAUUCAUCUCUAUCUCACUGUCAGCUUUAAUUUUACCUCUGACUCACUUGUAGUAAUUUCAACAGCAUUGAUUGUUUAAAUAACAAAAAAAUAUCUGCAAAAAUAAUUGUUAUACUUUGUAACUGAUCAAAAAAAGAUAGCAUUGAU